UUCAGAAGGUGCGGGUAAGAGGAACACGACCCGGUAUCCGAGAGAGUAGCGCUGAGGAUAGAGAGAGAAAGAGCGGCGAGAUACAGAGGGAGGGUGGGAUUUUAAAACCGAGCGAUUUGGUGGAAGAGGAGGAGGAGGAGGUAAAUUCUUACCUACCUAACGAGAGAGCGGGAUAAAGCCUGGAUCGGUGAGAGAUGGAUUGGAGAGGGACCCAGACCGUGAACAGGGCGCUGGCCGCAACACAUGCAAACACAAUGUUGAGACUCCUCGCCCAGUCUUUCGCUAUGUUACUCCUCGUCCUGCUUCUCCUUGCCAACUUCGUGGUUGUCAAGAGUGCGGAGGCUGUAACCGUUCUCUACAGGAAGGUCAGCAGACAAUGAAGAUGUCGGGUGUCAAGGACAGGACUGGAUACCAGAUGCUGCAUUACUGCCUCGCUCACCUCACCUACCACUUCAGCAGACAGCUGCCUCGGCGCAACAGAACCAAACUUGCCAUCCAAUGAGACGCCAAUGCCCAGGAUUGGAAAAGCCUAUAGGAAGUUGUGAUCACAGCCUAGUCCAUUACAGCCAGGUCCUGUUGGUGCUGCUCGUGACUGUCUUUCUUUUCCCACAGAUGUUUGUACUUGCUCGACCAAGGUCAUCACGAUAUUGUGACCAGCCCCUUCUCUACAACCUGACCACGUUCAUUAUCUUCACUUUCAUCAUGACAGGGUUCACUAUCCUGUUGACAUUAAUGGACCCAGUUCCUCGUGAGUUGAAAGUGGCUUUUCAUGCCUUUGGAGUUGGAUCAUUUCUACAGGGGGUCAUAACCACGGCAUUCACCAUUGCUGCACCUCAGUGUGUAAACACCACUCCUGAGCUGUACCACCUGUCCCUAGUGCUGUCUGUACUCAGCAUGCUCGCCACAGUGUUCGUCAUUCUCCUGAUCCCAUUCUGGCUGGUUAACAGUGUCUACCGAGGAAUGCUUCUAAAUACAGGAUCACGAGCCGGAAUUUGCCACAGGCCCGUUGCUGACUGCCCGUGUUUGUGGUAUUUUGAAAACUGAAGUUUUGUGUACCUGUGGAUGGAUGUGGAUUUGCAAGGUUGUGUCCGGAUAAGUCAACUGAAGAAUGGUGAA